AUGGAUGAUGGUAUCCAAAAUGCUAGACAUGCUCGAUUGUUAAGAAAACAUAUACUUAAACAGAGGAGAAAUCAACGCGCAUCAGCCUCGGUCAUGUCCCCAAGAGAUGUUAGGAGAUCAGUCAGAAGACCCACGACUGGUGUAACUGAUAUUGAGCACAGACAAAGUUUGGUAUUUCGUAGACAAGAAUUGAUACCCCUAACUGCCAGAGUGGAAAUCGAUUAUGUUAAAGAUACUCCACCCAACUCAACAAGUGUACAACCUACUCCAAGUCGCGGAAGGGAACAGUGUCGUCACAGUGAGAACGAACAACUGACAACAUCAGAAGAUAUUGAGCAAACACAAAGUUUGGGAUUUCAUUGCCAACAACCUAUACCCCAAACUGCCAGACUGGACACAGAUUAUGUUAAAGGCAAAGCAAAACAUGCUCGAUUGUUACGAAGACAUAUACUUAACCAAAGGAGAAAUCGACGCGCAUCAGCCUCUGGACCGUCCCUAAGAGAUGUUAGCAGAGCCCUGACCGCUAGCAUUGACAUUGCAUCCACCUCAAAUAGUAUACAACCCACUUCAAGCCGUGCAAGAAAACGUACCCGUCAAAGUGACACCAGACAACUGACAACUUCAAUGGCCACACAACAGCGGACCGCAAAUCAAAACACGGCAUUCGAAAAUGAUAUGCAGCAAACACAAAGUUCGGAACUGUACGACCAUCAACAAAUAACUCACCCUACCAAACAUACAAGAAUAUACACCGAACCUUGGACUUUUGGGGGCCCAAGUGAAGUGUGUCCAAAAUGUGAAGCUAUAGUUUGGUGUGAAGAACGGGCGAGGAAGGACAGAAACAAUGUUGUAGCUGAGUACAGUUUAUGUUGUCAAAAGGGCAAAGUCACGUUACCUCUAUUAAGAGACCCCCCUGUAUUUUUGAAGGAUCUACUUGACAAUAAUGACACUCGGUCAAAAGAUUUCAAAGUCAAAGGGAGGAUGUACAACUCCAUCAACGCUUUCACUUCAAUGGGAGGGAAGGUUGACAACAGCAUCAACCGAGGAAAUGCUUCGUAUGUGUUCAGAUUAAAUGGUCAAAACCAUCAUAAGUUUGGGUCGUUGCUUCCGCCAGAAGGGCAACAACCUAGGUUCAGCCAGCUUUAUAUUUAUGACACACAAAAUGAAGUAACAAACCGGAUAAACAGCCUUGGAAGUGGAGAAGGAAAAGCAGAAUUAGACAGAGACAUAGUAGCUGGCUAGCACUUUGGUCUGAAGAGGAUCUCCGAACUUCACCCGAGUUUCAUGGCAAUGCAAUAUCCACUUCUUUUCCCUUAUGGAGAAGAUGGAUAUACAACAGAUAUCCCACAUAAUGAUAGGGAAGAAAUUGGGAGAAGGGUCAGAACAAAAGUGACUAUGAGAUAAUAUAAUGCUUUCCGCUUUCAGCAAAGAGAAAAAGAGGCAAAGACGAGAUUCCAAUUGGGAAGACUUAACCAGCAACAACAAGUUGACGCCUUCACAUGCAUGCAAGAAGGAAGAUUAGAAUGGGUAAGAAGCAACCAAAAAAAACUAAGAAAGGAUGUGCUACGUGGAUUGACGGAUGCAGUUUCUCGAGGUGAUACAACGCCUGCAUCUGUAGGACAACGCGUUAUACUACCUUCAUCUUUCACCGGAAGCCUGAGAUUCAUGAUUCAAAACUACCACGAUGCCCUAGCUAUUUGCAGAUGGGCUGGCCCUCCAGAUUUGUUCAUUACUAUGACAUGUAAUCCAAAGUGGCCAGAGAUUAGAGAAUUUUUAUCCUUGAUCCCAGGACAGAAACCAGAAGACCGACCUGAUAUCAUUGCUCGAGUGUUCAAGAUUAAACUUGAUGAGCUUAUGGUGGACCUUACCAAAAGAAAUAUUUGUGGUCGCACUAAAGCAGGUAAUUGCUUAAUUAACUACCUCACUAUAUAUGUGUAUUAGAAAUCUGACACUUAAUAUGU